CCAAACCUCCCGAAAAUUGAAAACUUCCAUUUUUCUUUAGCACGAAAACAAAACUUGCGCCCAAUCCCUCCACCUGAAAAUUUUCGAAGCUUCAGAAAUGGCGGAUUUAUACGCACCCACCCUUCCUCUCAUUUCCAUCUCUACUCAUCACCGCUGCCUCCAACCCUCCCUGCCGGAAUAUUCCGAUUCCUUCUCGCCGGAGCCUCAGAGAUUCGAGCGAGAUCGAUGGCGGAGCAAAACAGCUGCGUGAGAGUGACUCGCAGCAUGGCGAAGAAGAGAGCCGUGGAAGCCAUGACCGCCGAACACAUACAGCAGAGAAAGAAGAGAGUGGCGUUGUCUGAAAUCAAUGAAUUGACGAGCGCGGAUCUGAAUCGGGAUCUCAAGCCUCCCAAUUCCAAGUCUACUAGGGCGAAUAGGAAGACGAUAAACGAGAAAGGGACAGCAAAAGCGGCUGAGGACGGCGUCGAUUCUAAAUCCGAUGACGCUCAGAUGGGCGGUGCUUAUGCUUCUGAUAUUUACGCGUAUUUGCGUCAAUUGGAGGCUCAGGAGAGAAGAAGACCACUGGACGAUUACCUGGAGAAGGUUCAGAGUGAUGUGAGUGCAAACAUGAGAGGGAUAUUGGUGGACUGGCUAGUUGAAGUUGUAGAGGAAUACAGACUUCUCCCUGAAACUCUAUAUCUAUCCGUCAAUUACAUUGAUAGAUUCCUCUCUGUAAGCCACGUUUCUCGGCACAAGCUUCAGCUUCUGGGCGUUUCUGCAAUGCUUAUUGCCUCGAAAUAUGAAGAGAUCAGUCCUCCCCAUGUGGAUGAUUUUUGUUACAUCACUGACAACACCUUCAACAAGAAGGAGGUUGUGAAGAUGGAGCAAGAUGUGCUCAAAUCCCUCAAGUUUGAAUUGGGAACCCCAACAAUUAGAUCUUUUCUCAGAAAAUUUAUAUCUAUUGCCCAAGACGAUUGGAAAGCACAUAAAUUGCAGUUAGAGUCACUAGUGUACUACCUAGCAGAGUUGAGUUUACUGGAUUAUUACUGUGUUAGAUUCUUACCAUGUUUGGUGGCUGCUUCUGUGAUAUUCCUCUCAAGGUUUACACUCAAACCUAACAUCCAUCCAUGGAAUCAAGAACUGCAGCACUGCACUGGAUAUAAGUCCUCUGAUCUGAAGGAAUGUGUCUCUAUCUUACAUGACUUACAGUUGAGUAGAAGAGGUGGCUCUUUGGUGGCUUUAAGGGACAAAUAUAAACAACCCAGGUUUAAAAGCGUCUCGGCGUUACUGUCUCCACAGAACAUACCGGACUCCUAUUUUUGAAGUCCAAGAAGAAGGAAUGUGAAGUUGUGAAUGGUACAUUGGUACAUGGAGUAUGGUCUUGAUAAUGAUCUAAAUGAUUCUCCUGUUUCUUCUUAAUGGGUAAACUAUUGAGCCAUUACGGGUGUAAACUCCAGCAUUAAUGUGUUCGGUAUAUAUUUAUGAGCGAUUAAAAUUUGUUGACUUUG